GACAGACAUUGACAGCGGGUGCGAGAGGGGGACCAUUACAUUAUUAUUAUUAUCAUUAUUAUCAUACCAGGUACCUAUUGAUAUUCACGUAUACGCCAGCAGAACGGGGGGGCGGGAUAGAGUUCAACGAUUGCCUUGGCGUCUCUUUCCGCGGCAGCGAGGACCGGUCGGUGUCUGCAUGCUCUACAACACGCAUCCUCUGGCGACUUCAACUCCCCCACGACCGCUGCGCGCGCAACAGCGCUGGAACACUCGCUUGGAUAUACUGCAGCACUAUCGCAGCAGCACCACAUCGGCAGGGCACUAGAUGCGCCCACGCCGGCGAAGUAGCAAGUAGCCUAUCCAGCACGGAGGCGGCGCGAGGAGAGAGGACGCCAGCCAGCCAGCCAGCCAGCAAGCAAGCCGCGGCAGAGCUCGAGUGACGACCGCGACGACGACGACGACGACGACGACGGCGGCGGCGACGGCGAGAGCAACGACAACGACCACGACCCCGAUCCGACAACGAGGUACUCAUAUCCAGACCACAGGGUGAUCUGUGCCUGUGUAGUCGCUCCCCGGGGCAUUUGGACGGGGCUGCCAGGCUCGACUCUCGCCUGAAGCCUUCCGAGGACUGAGGCUGCACACUUCGCAAUGGCUACAGCAGACUCGCCUAGCACGUGGCCGGAGUCACCGAUGGACCCAGAAGAUGUGGUAUAUCCGUGCAAAGGUUGUGGAGAGAUACUCGAAGAGGGCAAAGCUUUCGAACUUGCGGGAAAUCGAUGGCACAUUGACUGCUUCCGGUGCAACACCUGCGGAACCCUUCUAGACUCGGACGCAAACUUGCUAUUGCUUGGAGAUGGUAGUCUCAUCUGCAACAAUUGCACGUACAGCUGCAGUGCAUGUAAUAACAAGAUCGAGGAUCUGGCCAUCUUGACUGGCGAGCAGGCAUUCUGCUCGGGAUGUUUCAGAUGUCGGAACUGCAAGAGGAAGAUUGAGAAUUUGCGUUAUGCUCGUACUUCACAGGGCAUCUUUUGUAUGAGCUGCCAUGAGAGCAUAGUCACUCGGCGGCGGAAGAGAAUGCGAACUCCCAAGCACGCUCCUGCUAGUGCGCAGCCCGGACAUGAUAAAGCAUUGCCCUCACUGCCACCGGGAGUGGCUACGCAAAGUGCAUUUACUCCUGAUGGUGAGACUCCACCAGUGGAAACAUACCAGGAGAACGCAAAGACACAGGCAGAAGCACCCGGGCAGAGGCAUGCCUCCUCACGGACUCGAGGCACAUCCAACGCUAAUCACAAGCACGACGUGUCGCCUCUGGCUGAAGACCAACACCGAGAUGGACCCAUGUUACCGGCAAGCACAUACGGUGAGGAUAGACCGUCCACCGUCUCCAGCUCUAACGACGACGACGAUUCCGAGCGUGGGUUCUUGCCCAUGGCGUUCGACCCUACUCCCAUACAAGCUCCGCCGCAAUCGCAAGCGCCCAUCCCCCGAAAACAGAUACCAAGAGCCUCAGAAGAGCGCUCACCACCGCACACGCAGAAGGAGAAUCAGCCUCCGCGAGACUACUUCGGGACUAACGGAAGACUCUCCGCGAAGCCGCCUUCGAGGAAGCCUUCGCAAGAGCAACGAUCGGAAACCAAUGCUUCCUCGCGAUCUGUUUCGACGGAACGCGAACCGGAUAGGGACCGUUCGGCGAGCCAGUCGAAACCAAGCCCUCAUAUAUUAUAUCAAGAGAAGGGUCGCAAUCGAAAGCGCGAUACCUCGGGGAGUGAGACACCUGUGAAUGGCUCCAUUACUGCUUCUCCGGUGGGCAAUCUACCCCCUGAGCGAAAUGCAUCCAAGCCACAGCCACAUUCUCUGCCGACUGAGCAGCAGAACUCGCACAGCGGCCAGUCCAGUCCGCAGGAAGGCUUUCGCCUGGGAGAAGUUCCGCCUUCGAAGCGCGCAGACUCGCGGAAGAACUCUCGGGCCGGCCACCCAUCGUCGACGACGGUGUCGCCAGCAGACGGGAGCAGCAGAGAAGGCGAGCCUGGCAGUGGCAAGCCUGUGUCGCCUGCUUCAGUGGCUUCGCAGAACUCGAGCAUCAAUCCUUUUGAUGACCCCAAGCGCAAAGACGUCGCUGCUCCAGCCAGCACGCCCAUUCCACCGCGACACGCUGACAGGAGUCUGCCGCUGCGAGGAGAUUCACUGAGCGCAGCAGCGGCGGCGGCGGCGGCAGCCAAAUCCAAGCAAUCAACACCUGAGCCAGACAACAACAACAACACCACCACCACCACCACUAACAACAACAACAACAACAACAGUGGUGCACAGGCGCAGUCACCGCCCACCAGAGACAUGGUGACGUCUAAAGAACUGAGCACGGCCUCCCGCGACACCACUCGUUCUGGGCCCGAACUCCCUCCACGAGCCAGUUUCGACGUUGUGCCACCACCCCGUUCUUCCACGCGACCGACUGCUCCCAGCAAAUCUGUCGCCAAUGACGAUUUCAUCGCGCCGAGACACGCACCGCCACCUCCACCCGCCGCCGCCGCGGACAGGCACCGACACAAUGACUCCAUUAGCACGCUGCAGAGCGAAGAUCAGGACACAUCCCCUGCAUUGCGGACUGGCGGGUUGCCCAAGUACAGUCUCGAUGGCGGCUUUAGUUUGGACGACGAGAUGGGACGAAUCCUUCGAGGAGAACAGGCUGGCCCUUCAUCGCCUUCCGUUUUGCGUCGCGUGUCGAAUGCGGUGAAGCACGGUCGCAGUUUCAGUGACCGCGCUCCGACGCAAGGAGCGCCGUCACCAAGGAAUGGAACGCUCGGUACCCCCACUGCGACGCCAAGUAUCACUUCUCCCACAGGCGGCGAGGGAGUUGAGUCGCUUCGUGCCUCUCUGAGGCGCUCCAAUUUGCAGGUUGCGGAAUUGGAGAGGGAAAGGCUCACCCUGCUGGAGAAGAUCGCUAGUAACGGGGACAUUAACGCUGCCAACACAGAACUUCGAGAAAAGCGCUCCACUAUGGCAUUUCUCGACACGCAACGGGAAAUGAUUGUACGCGAAUUGGAGAUCAUGACCGAGCACUUGAGCAAGGCCAAGGACGCCACUCAACCACUAGACUUCCCGGCACUGAAGACCAAUAUUCUUCGCGAUUUUGGAGACUCCCUGCAGCAGCUCAAGGACACCUUUGGAGCCCAGAUAGAGGAUCUGAUGCACAGGCGCAACGAGCUCACUGACGAGAUCGGCGACCUGAUUCAGAUGAAGGACAAAGGAUUUCAGGAGUACGAGUCGCUAUCGACGAGGAACGCGGCACUGGCAUCACACAACCAUGAUCUCGUUCGCAACAUUCAAGGCAUGUACCAGGAGAACCGCGCGCUGAAUGGAGGUGCGGGCGUCAACGGCCUUGGCAUAUUCAAUGGCAAUAUCAACGACGCUACUUCUGCCGAAGUCAGGAACCUCAAUCCCGUCAUCACGGACACGUCGCUGCCAAAUCUGCUACAGGAUCCGGAUGCCGAGCCGGCGUCGAUUUUGUCAACUCCGCAAGUGGUGAACAUCCGAAAGGGUGCUCAGCCCAAGAAGUUCAACUGGCGACGCGGAGGCGAGAAGGUUGCUGGGAAGGUGACUAAAGGCAUCAAAGGCGCGUUUGUCGGCAACGAGCCAAAUGGAAAGGGACAGUAUACCAUCGGUAUGCCGUACAACCAGAGUCAGAAUGGCCAGGCCAUGGCUGGUAGCGACCAAGGCAGUGUCCACAGCAAGCAAACUUUGGAUGACAGGACGUACAGCUUCUUCAAUGGGAAGAAUGUCAAUUCCAAGGCAGUGAUGCACAUGAAGAACAACAGCAGCGCUAACCUAGCUGCUGUGGACGGUUCGGUACUCUUUGGCUCCGAGCUGACCCUCCGCUGCGAACACGAAAGUCGCGUUGUCCCCGGAAUUGUGCUUACAUGCAUUCACGAAGUGGAGAGACGAGGCAUCGACGUUGAAGGAAUCUAUCGCAAAUCUGGCGGCGCUGGACAAGUGAAGCAAGUCCAACAGGGCUUCGAGAAGGAUCCUGGCUUUGACAUCUCGGACGAGGAUCUGGAUAUUCACGCUGUAACGAGCACGCUCAAGCAAUACUUCCGGAAGCUACCGACACCACUGAUCACAUAUGACGUGUACGAUUCUCUACUGGAAGCCGGUCAGUUGCAAGACAAGGAGAAACAGGUGGCUGCGCUUCGAUUCACCGUGGAGAGUUUGCCGGAUGCACAUCGGGAUUGUCUGGGAUACUUGUUCCAACAUUUGGCCAAGGUUGUCACGUUCGAGAGUAAGAACUUGAUGACGCCACUCAAUCUUGCGGUUGUCUUUGCGCCGACUAUCAUGCGGCCGUUGUCGAUCGAGCGCGAGAUGAGCGACAUGCAGGUGCAGAGGCAGGCCGUGCAGGCAUUGCUGGAGAACCACAAGAACAUUUUUGUGGAGGAGUAGGAGAAGAAGAGAAGGAGAUUGGAAGCAUGAACGAUAGCUUCGUCUUGCACAUAAUUCCCGUCUGGUGUGGACUUUCUCCUUGUCCAGUGGCUUUGGAUUUCCCAAGGCCGAAGAGAGAAACACAGAGAGAGAGAGAGCGCAGGAGAAAGAUUGAAGGACAAGCGAGUCUGACACACAAUGCCAGUGUUCCCUGCAUACUGGCUUUGUUGAAUUGAGUGAACAGAAUGGGACUGACUUGGGCUGGCUGGGCAGCAAGUCUUGGUUUCAGAGGUGUUGUUUAGCGAUGGGCGAUGGAAGUCCUUUAUUGGGGGAGAAAGGGGGAAGGGCUUGCUUUUUUACGAUCAUGAGUGGAAUGUCUGCGUGAGCGCUAAAUUCCAACCGUUGUACUAUUCUCUGCAAGAAGUUAGUUUCACAGACAUGGACGUUACGUUG